UCCGCGACGGGGAAGUGGGCGGGGCUGACGCGGGCAGCUUGAGUGGUGAUUUCGCGCGUUUCUGGCCUUUCGGGACCCAUAUUUGUUUUCUGAGUGCCGAGCUCCUCUGGGGUCCAAGGGUUUGUGUCGUCCAGCGCACGUCAUCUCGAAGGGUUGUCUAAGGGUCCCGUUUCCUAGCUACGCAGCUCCUCCCCACUCCUGGAGGCAGAGUAGCAGACCCGCGGGCGUGCUGCGCCGGUUACCUGCGUCCCGCCAGAAAGCCAGCAGUCAUUGUGUAGCCCUGGACGGGGAAUCAGGAGACCUGGUUUCUAAUCCCUCACUAACAAGCUGUGUGAUCUUCGAAGCUUAAGUGAAAAUGAUACAUGUUAGAAGACAUGAAACAAGGAAAAAUUCUAAAACUCAAGAGCGUGAGCAGAAAUCUCGAGUCGAUUGGAGGCGGACUAAAAGAAGUAGUAUUUCACAAUUAUUGGAUAGUGAUGAAGACCUCGAUAGUGAUGAAGACCUUGAUAGUGAUGAAGAAAGUGUUGACAGUAAUGAAAGUGCUGACAGUGAUGAAGAGCUUUCUGGUAACAAGGGGCUUGAUAGUAAUAAAAAGCCAGAAAAUGAAAGAGAGCUUAAAUUAAUUAAAGUUGAAAGUGAAGGAAACAACUGUGAGCAUCUUAUUAACACUGGCAAUAGUUCAACACAUGAAGAAGAAAAGGACAAAAUCAAACAUAGUAGCAUUGAUUUACCAGAUCAUGAGAAGCAUUCAAGUCAAGAGGCUAAUGAUCUCAACAAACAGUCUGGACAAAUAAUAGAGGAGGAUUUAGAAGAAGAACACAUUAAGCGAGGGAAGAGAAAAAGGCUCUCCUCUGUGAUGUAUGACAGUGAUGAGAGUGAUGACAGUGAUAUCUUAGUUAGAAAAGUAGGUGUUAAACGUCCACGUAGAGUGGUUGAAGAUGAAUGUUCUUCAGCAGAGAUGGAGCAAAAACAACCUGAAAAAACUUCAGCUGCAAGAAAACGAGAAAAAUUCCAGAAACUGCAAGAACUCUCAAAACAAAGAUCUCGUCAGAGACGCAAUAGUAGUAGAGAUUUUGAGGACUCUGAAAAGGAAUCCUGCACAAGUAGUAGUGAUGGAAAUGAUGAUGAAGAGGAGGAGGAUGAUUAUGAAUCUGAUGAAGAUGGAGAUGAUUAUAUUAUUGAUGACUUUGUAGUGCAAGAUGAGGAGGGCGAUGAAGAGAAUAAAAGCCAGCGAGACAAAAAUUUGACUACAUCACAACUGAAAUUAGUGAAACAGAAUUCUCUUUAUUCUUUUAGUGACCACUAUACUCACUUUGAAAGAGUUGUGAAGGCCCUUCUGAUCAAUGCUUUAGAUGAAUCAUUUCUGGAAACAUUGUAUGAUGGCACCAGGCAAAAAUCAUAUGCACAAGAUAUGUUGACAUCUCUUGAUUAUUUGGAUAACCGCUUUAUACAGCCUCGUCUAGAGAGCUUAUCCUCCAGAAGUCGUUGGAGAGAGCAAUAUAAGGAGCGGGUAGCAAAUUAUUCUAAUGUAAGUAUUCAUAUGAAGAACCCUGAAGACUGUUCCUGCCAGGCUUGUGGAUUGCAUCGGCACUGUAAAUAUUCAGUGCAUUUAUCAGGAAAGUUGUACAACACCAGGACUAUGGAAACAGAUGAUUUCAUGUCACAUGAUAAACAGGUGUUUAUUGUUGGCAGAAUUUGUGCUGAACGUACCAAAAUUUAUCAUAAACUGAAACAUUUUAAAUUCAAAUUGUACCAAGAAUGUUGCUCCAUGGCAAAGACGGGAGAAGUUGAGGAUGAACAAGUUAAAGAAACAGUGGAAAGAAUUUUCAAUCAAUUAAAAGAAAGUGGCUGGAUUAAGGAGAAAUAUGGUCAACUUGAAGAAUAUCUCAAUCAUGCGGAUUACUUUCAAGAUGAGAAGUUUGACUGAAUUGUAACACAUUUCCUUCAGAGAAGAUUUUAUAAAUUCCUGUAAAUGUGAAGAUCAUAUGCCUUGUUCCUCUAUAUCAUGUGACAAUUAUAUAUUUUAUGUAUAUCUUCAUGGUAAAAUAUCUUGUUUAAAACAUGUUCAUCUUAAUUUCCAUGAAAUGUUACUCUACAGUCUAAUAAAACUUUCAUCUACUGUACAUAGAAAACAUAAGCUUAAUAAUUUUAAGUGUAUUUUGAAGUUAUGUAACAAUGCCUUUAUAACAGAUGACUAUCAAGUGAAUGAGCUGCUCAUGUCCUGUCAGUUUAGUACAAAAAUGCUGUAUUUAAAAAAUGUGUUUAGACAAACACCAACAUGUAUUUAUUGCUGAAUCCCUGCCCAGAUUUGUUUAUUAUUCUUUUUCAGCAUCAAAUGAUCUUCACUAAUAUGUUUUUUACUACUGUAAUUAUCUAAAUCACUGGACCAUAGAAGAAACCUCAAUGCUUCAUGCAGUUCAACCCCUUUCCUUGCCUCAGAAUCAGCCUGUAGUUUACCCUUUCCAAGUAGAGGAGUGCUUUCCCUUAGAAAUCGAUUUCAGGCCUCUAUAGAGUGUUUCAACUCUCACAUCAGGAAUAAUCAUGGUAUGUAUUUUUAUGCUUCAUAAUGUUCUUUUUUCUAUUCAAUUUUGUCUACACAUUAAUGAUUAAGAUGUAUUUUAUUUUUAUCCAUAACUUUUGCAUAUGUUUUUAUAUAGGAUCAGAAGAUCUCAGACAGAUUUAGCCAAAAAUAUUUAAAAGCAUAUUUUGGCAUCUGCGUUGCUUUGCACAUCUAAAUUUUUCCAUAAUAUAAUAAAGUAAAAUGGUUUCAGAGUGAACAAAUGGA